AUGUCACAGGCUGAUCGGAAAAAAGUUGGUGGGGUGGGCGGGCAGAUGCGCGGCGCGACCCCUGAAACGAACCUCCUCCCGUGGCUGGACCGCGACCCUUCCUUGACGAGACUCGUCGAACGCUUGCGCAAAGGCGUCGAGAAGCAGUAUUUCGUGACUGGAUCGUUCGACUUGGAAAUACACGACGACCGCAUCGCCGACUGCGUGUUUGACGGAUUCAACCACGACAGGAAAAGCGAUCAAGUCGUUGUGAAACUCACGACGUCGACGACCGAAAUCAACUUUUUCCGACAGGUGAACCGCAGCCGCACCGCCGGACAAGCUGUGCAUCACAUUGUCGAGUGGCGGGCGGGGGGCGACGUCGACUUCCUCGGUGUUGGGUCGUGCAAAGCAUUGGUGCUACAGCGCGGCGCGUGCACGAUGAAGGAAAAGUUUGCCCAGAAUCGCCUGUACGCGACCGACAAGAACAACUGCGUGUUUCACGUGGUGAAAGCACUCGAAUAUGUCCACACGCUCCGCUACAUCCACGGCAACCUGACGCUUGAAAACGUCAUGAUGUUUAGUCGCGGGGAGAUCAAGCUCAUCGACUUUGCAAACACGGUCGCCCUGAACGCGGACAUGCCGCUGCAUUGCACUCCAGAGUACUGCCCUCCUGAAAUGGCCAAGUGCAUCGUCAACGGGCUGCGUCCACUCAAGGCUUCGCCAUCGUACGACGUGUGGUGCUUGGGCGUGUUUAUCCUGAAGCUGUUCUCGCCCAACCUCCAGCUGCAAGAAUUCGUCAACUUAAGUGACGAAGACGUCCCUCAGUUCGCCGCAGAAAAACAUGCUGCUAUCUGUUCUCGAUCCCAACCCGGCCACUCGAUCAAGCCUUCGGGACGUUGA